AUGCUCAAUUUCACGGAUGUGACGGACUUUAUUCUUUUGGGACUAACCACUCGUCCAGAAUGGCAAGUUCUCUUCUUCAUCCUUUUCCUGGUGGUCUACAUUAUCACCAUGGUUGGUAAUAUUGGCAUGAUCAUGUUAAUUAAGGUCAGUCCACAGCUCAGCAGCCCCAUGUACUUUUUUCUUAGUCAUUUGUCAUUUGUUGAUGUGUGGUUUUCUUCUAAUGUCACCCCUAAAAUGUUAGAAAAUCUGUUAUCAAAAACAAAAACUAUUUCUUAUGCUGGUUGUUUGGUCCAGUGUUUCUUCUUUAUUGCCCUUGUCCAUGUAGAGGUUUUUAUCCUUGCGGUGAUGGCCUUUGAUAGAUAUAUGGCCAUCGGGAAGCCUUUGCUCUAUGGCAGCAAAAUGUCAAGGAUUGUCUGUAUUCGACUGAUUUCUUUCCCUUACAUAUAUGGUUUUCUGACGAGUCUGGCAGCAACCUUGUGGACAUAUGGCUUGUAUUUCUGUGGGAAAGUUGAGAUCAACCAUUUCUACUGUGCAGAUCCUCCUCUCAUCAAAAUCGCCUGUGCUGGGACCUUUGUGAAAGAAUAUACCAUGAUCAUACGCGGCAUUAACUUCACAUAUUCUCUGACUGUAGUUAUUGUAUCUUAUCUGUUUAUUCUUGUUGCCAUUCUGCGAAUGCAUUCAGCAGAAGGGAGGCGCAAGGCCUUUUCCACCUGUGGGUCCCAUUUGACAGCUGUCAUCAUCUUCUAUGGAACCCUUAUUUUCAUGUAUCUCAGACGUCCCUCAGAGGAGUCCGUGGAACAGGGGAAAAUGGUGGCUGUGUUUUACACCACAGUGAUCCCCAUGUUGAAUCCCAUGAUCUACAGUCUGAGGAACAAGGAUGUGAAAGAGGCCAUGAGCAAAGUGUUCAGCAGAACAUAUUUAACAAAAUAA